AUGGCGGCGGCGGCGGCGGCGAUUAAGCGCCUUGCGAAGGAGAAGUUGAAGCUCGACGAGUCGCGCGUGCGCGACUUCUACACGUGCCCGCUGGAGGACAUCUUUGAGUGGCACUUCACCCUGCAGGGGCCGGAGAACUCUCCGUACGAGGGGGGCCUGUACCACGGCUCCAUCCGCUUCCCCCGCAACUACCCCUUUGCCCCGCCGGACAUCAUCUUCUUCACCGAAAGCGGCCGCUUUGAGGUGGGCACGAAGAUCUGCUCCUCCAUCAGCAGCUACCACCCGGAGCUGUGGAAGCCGGUGUACGACAUCCAGCUAGUCCUCGUGGCGCUGCGCCUCUUCAUGGCGCAGGACGAGGAGCUCGGCGUGGGGUCCCUCAUGCGGCGGUACGUCGCGCCGGAGGAGAAGCGCCGGCUGGCGCGGGAGAGCCACCACUUCCGCUGCGCGGCGUGCGGGAUGGCGAGUGCGUGGGAGGUGUGGAAGACGCAGAUGGAGCGGCACCCGCCGGUCUCGCCGGAGGUGGGGGCGAGUUUGCCGAAGGUAACGGAGGGGCGGCGAAGCGACGCAGCGUCGGCCGGCGAGGCGGAGACCGCCGCAGCGACGACGGUGCCUGCAGGGAGUGAGGUGGGCUCGGCAGCAGCGGCCGUGGAGACGGAGCCGGGAGGCGAGGAGACGUCCACGCCGGCCAUGAAAUGCAACGAGGCCGCCGCAACUCCGCCGGCGCCCACGAGUGAAGCGAAGGCCACCACGCAAACAAAGGAAGAGCAGCAGCCGCAGCAGAGAAGGGACCUCGAUGGAGACGUCACCACGCCACGCUAUGGGGUUCCUAGCCAUGCACCCGAAGCCGCAGAGCGACGAGAUCGCUGGGACGGGACGGCGGCACCCGCGCUGGCCGAGCCCGCCCCGCCUGUGUACGUCCGCAUUCAGGCCGGUGGCUGGGUUUUGUUGCGGGUGCAGCUGAAACACCUCGACGCCGUCAUUGCCGCCUGCUCUCUCGUUUGCUCUGCGAUUAUGGUAAAGAAGUGGUGCUGGUCAUAG